GUGUGAAACAUACCAAUUUGUGAACCUUUGAUAAAAAAGAAGAACGGAGUGGGUCUUCGGUUAAACAAACGCCGCUGUCUUUAUUAAAUCCAACAAGUGGCUUUUUCGUUUUUUGAAAGUGGGAAAAAGAAUCAGGGCAUUGAUUAAGCUUGCUCAUCCAUCAAAAAAAAAGGGGGGAACUUAGCGAAUUCACGGGCUUUUGCUCUUUUUUUUUCAGACUCGUUGAAUCGUAUGACAAAAGAAGAAUCUUUUCAAUUUUUACCCCUUCUGCCGCUCGAUAUGGCAGCUGAAGGCCGCGUAUUGCAUGUCACGCAUCAAAUCCCCUAUGUGGUUCACCACGGAGACGAUCGAUGGAUCCUCACACCACGACAAGGUCACGCUGCCAUGUAUGCCGGCAUGGAAUCCCUGAACGACGAAUGGGAAACCCUUCGAUUCGGAUGGACCGGCCAGAUUUAUCGUAGGACCUCCAACUACGGCAACUCAUCCGCUUCCGACAUGCUCAUUGACAAAUUAACCGACCAUGAAAAGAAAUCCCUCGAAGACGACCUCCGUAGGAGUCAUCAUUGUAUUCCUCUUUUCCUUGACAGCGAAAGCGUGGCCGGUCACUAUGAUGGCUACUGUAAAACAAUGCUCUGGCCCUUGUUCAACUAUAUCAUUUGGAACAAUGCCACGGACGGUCGUUUGGAACGUCGACAGUGGGACGCUUACGUUACAGUGAAUCAGAAAUAUGCAGAUCUUGUUAUUGAACACUACAGAGACGGCGAUACCAUUUGGGUUCACGAUUAUCAUUUGCUGCUUGUCCCGGCCAUGUUACGUGCGCGUCUUCCUCGAGCCCGUAUUGGUCUCUUUGUCCAUGCGCCGUUCCCUAGUUCCGAAAUCUUUCGAUGCCUGCCCAAACGGCAAGAAAUUCUCAAAGGCAUGCUUGGUGCCAAUUUGGUGGGAUUCCAGACAUAUGCCAACUCGCGACACUUUAUUUCCACUUGUACUCGCGUUCUUGGUUUUGAAUCGACCCCUGACGGAGUAGACUGUGAUGGUCAUUUCUGCCAAGUCGGCACUUUUCCCAUUGGAAUCGACGUAGACGCGGUAGACGCCAAACGACAAAACCCCAACGUGUUGCCCAAAAUACGCGCCAUUGCUGAAAUGUACACGGGGAAAAAGAUCCUUGUCGGUCGGGACAAACUGGAUCUUGUCAAAGGUGUCCUUCAAAAACUCGCCGCCUUUGAAAAGUUUCUCAUCGAUUAUCCAGAAUGGGCAAACAAGGUGGUCUUGAUCCAAGUGACCGAUUCCACCACCGCCGAAUCAAGCAAGUUGGAAAACAAAGUAUCGGAAAUGGUCGCCCACAUCAAUGGCACUUACGGUUCGCUCGAGUUUACGCCUGUUCAUCAUUAUCAUCAUCACAUUCAAGCCGAUGAAUAUUAUGCGCUUUUGUCCAUCGCUGACGCGGCUGUGAUCACAUCGAUGCGCGAUGGCAUGAAUACUACCAGUUUAGAAUAUGUGAUGUGUCAGCAGGAAAAUCACGGACCCUUGAUCUUGUCAGAGUUGACCGGCACCGCCGGAUCCAUGAGUUCAGCCUUGAUGGUCAAUCCUUGGGAUUAUGCAAGCCUCGCAAAAGCCAUCAAUGAUGCCUUGAUCAUGUCCGAAGAGGAAAAGCUCGUUCGCCACUCGCAAUUAUUGGAUCAUGUAAAGUCAAACACCGCUUCCUUCUGGGCCCACUCUUUUGUCAAGAUGCUUCAUCAUGCUUGCACACUCUCGGAGCAGAGCAGCUAUACACCUCUCCUGAACAUUGAUUAUCUUGUUUCCCGAUACAAAUUUGCCAAGAAGCGACUGCUCUGUUUUGAUUAUGACGGAACGUUGACUCCCAUCCGCAAAACACCGGGAGCAGCGGUACCACCCAAAGAUAUGCUGGAAGCGCUUCAGGCCUUGUGCAACGAUCCAAGGAAUGAAGUAUGGGUCAUUUCCGGUCGUGACGAGUAUGCUUUGGAUCAGUGGCUGGGCCAUAUUGAGAAUCUCGGGUUGAGCGCUGAGCACGGCAGUUUCAUGAAACAUCCGCGGACCAACAAGUGGAUCAAUUUAGCCGAACAUUUUGACAUGAGCUGGAAAAACGAUAUCCUCGAAAUUUUUACUUAUUAUACCGAACGCACCACCGGCAGUUUUAUCGAACAUAAACGAUGCGCGCUUACAUGGCAUUACCGCUUGGCCGAUCCCGUGUACGGAGCUUUCCAAGCCAAAGAGUGUCAAAAUCACCUGGAAAAUGCCAUUUUGUCCAAACUUCCCGUCGAAGUCCUGGUAGGCAAAAAGAACCUCGAAGUCCGUCCCACCUCAAUCAAUAAGGGCGAGAUUGUCAAACAUCUACUCGCAAGCCAAACUUUUGACUUUGGCAUGUGCUGCGGUGACGACAAGACCGACGAAGACAUGUUUAGAAUCCUGAAACGAUCUGACGUCGAGAACUUUUCCGUCAUGGUAGGCGCCGACGAUAAGAAAACAUCGGCCUUGUGGCACUUGCCGCAUGUGCAAGACGUGAUUGGUGCCAUGGCGGCCAUGGCAAGUCAAUCCUCGCAAUCCUCGUGAACCAAAAAAAAAAAAAAAAAUUGUAUCCAUGAUCAUAACCGCAUUAUUUCUCCACAUGUUUUAUAUCAUUUCUAUCCAUGCAGCACCACCUUAUAUUUCUAUAUAUCAUUUUCUUUUUUGUACUGUUUCCCUUGUAUUCCUUCUACUAUGACCGGACUCAACAUGACCCAAUAAGAGGAUAUCCAUUUUGUAUAUUGUAUAAUAUCAAUUCAAAAGUGCCGAGUUCUAGUAGCCAUGA